UACCAGAGGAGCUGAGAGGACAGAAGGGAGAUACGCUGUUUUGUUGGUUGCAGGGGACACCGAUAACAUUCUGAGAGAGAGAGCCAUAGGUAGGCCAGAGGAAGCCUGUUGAGGGAGUCGGUUAUCAGUAUCUGCUGGUUUCUGCAAGACAAAUCGCUCAUACAGGGGGUAAAUCUAGUCAGCCGGUUUCUCUGCUGUGAAGGAUGUCUCGAGGGGAGAUGCCGCCAUCCUCCAAGGGAGCUUUGUUGCUCCUCCUAGCCUGCCUCGGUGGCUUGGCCCUGGGAGAGGUCGGGGACUUUUCUCACUGUCUCGAUUUCUUCUAUAAGAGAAUGCCGCCGCAGGGCAUCAACACCGAGCAGGGCCGGUAUUUGGCGCCGAUAUGUCAACGCUACAAGAACCAGUACCGCUUUGCCAGCCUGUACCACAGGCAGCAUCGCACGCCGUGGUACUCUGCCUACAUAAUCACCCCUCCAGCAGGCAAACGACCAGCCAGCAAAUGGAUGUAUGAACCACAGCUUGCCUUCUCCAAAGCCCCCCAAGAAAUGUCUCCAUUCCCAUCUCGGAAGUUCAUCGACCAGAAUCUGAUGGAGAGCCAGGCAAUGCUCUUAGACUACACCAACUCCAGCUACACCAAGGGCCACCUCAACCCCAGCUUGCACCACCAGGAAACACUGGACCGCCGGGCCACCUUCACCCUGACAAAUAUUGUCCCUCAGCAGAAGGGCUCCAAUUCUGGCCCCUGGGCUCAGCUGGAGGUGGAGGUGAAAACCAGGUUUUUGACCUUCUGUGACGGCCCCAUGUAUGUGAUCACGGGGGCCAUACCCUACCUCUCUGGGGACCGCUGGAUCAAGAACCGGGUGGCGGUGCCUGAGUACAUGUGGUCUGCCUACUGUUGCCCAUCCUACAACGCCAGCCUUCCCGAGUCCGCACGGAUCCAUUUCCCCACGUACGCCGCGGUGGGGAGAAACGACCCCCAGAGCGGAGAGGACAUCGUGCCAGUGGAUCGCGACGCCAGACCCUCCCCGCGGGGCUAUGAUGUGAAGCAGAUGCCUUUGGAGGCCCUGGAAGCUAUCCUGGAACAAAGGCUGGGCAUGCCCGUCAGCCUUUUUCACGAGCAGUGUGGGUGAAGACUGAGGU